CUCCUGGGGCUGAUAGUUCCGACCGGUCGGGGCCCGGUGUAGCAUCUUAGCAGGACCAAGAAGUGAGCGGGAGAGGGUUGAACCAGGAGUCUGCAUCCAGCCCUAAAGCGUUUGACUCGCUGCUGCUGGAAAAGGCCCCGGGAUUCCGGCUCACCCCGUUCUCCACGAGGACAGUCCAUCUCCAACUUGGAACUCGACCUCGGAAUCCCAUCUGAGGCCAAAGACAAUGUAUACCGCGAUUUGUAGUAGCGAGUCGUCCAGUAUCCAAGGAGUGUCAUUACUCUCCCAUUGGCAGGAUUUAGUCACUCUCGAUUUUCGAGAGCUACUUUACCAUCCUUGUCCUGGCUGUUUCCAUUGCCUUGGGUUGCACCUUUUACAAAUGUUUGGGAUGAGGGAGUCGUUCAUGUUCGGAAUUAAACGUUCCCGCCGCUGUUUGAAUUGGGUGUAUUUUGUAUAUGUUGGGGGGGAAAAUGAAGAUAAUAAAGAAAAGGCAGCUCUUCCACUGACAACUUGGAAGGAAAUAAUUUCCCCUUAUUUAGCAUUAGAAGACCAGCUCAUUCUUCGAGUCUUCUGAAACAAAAUUAGAAUGGAUUGGGGAGAUAAAUAUUUCCAUACUUCUUUUGACCUACAUUGUUUGUUAAAUUCACUUCCUGGAGACUUGGAGUUUAAGCAGAUCUUCAGUGACAUUGAUGAAAAGAUAGAACAAAAUGCUACAAGCAUAGAACAUUGCAUUAAAGAAAUACAAUCUGAAGUUAACAAGCAGUGUCCAGAUGUGCAGCUGCAAACGACAACUGACUGUUUUGAGUGGCUAGAUAACUAUAAUUAUAAUUCAUCCAAGUCACCUUCCAUUCCCCAUGGAGAUUUGAUAAAAUUCCUCACAACACUGCAAGAUUCGUUGAAGAGUGAACUAAAUCAAGAAGAAGUGAUACUGGAUUUACUUUGGGAUCUCUCCUGCCAGAGCAGCGUUUCGUUCCCGGCAACUCUAAGUGGAACAUCUUUCCAUUUCCUCUCUCGGACUUCUCUUCAUUCUGUGGAAGAUGAUUCCUCCAUGGAUGUACAGUCUAUCUGGGAUAACAUAAGACUACAUCUUCGACGCUUCUUAGUGAACAAAUUACAAAGCCAUAAUGAAAUCAUCAAUUCACAGCACAAAAUUUGGUUGAAAAAGCAGUGCAUACAACAACUGUUGUUUCUUUAUCCAGAAUCAGAAGUUAUAAUCAAGUACCAAAGCAUACAGAAUAAACUGUUGGCUGAGCUCCUGCAGAACUGUUUUCCUGCUUAUAGCAGAGAAUUGAAUUUAGACAUAAUGGCUCAUGGAUACCAAAGUACUAUGCUUAGGUUAUACUCAAUGAUAAAAGAAGAUUUUAACACACUACACGAAAUUUUAGCUCCCACCUCAACGUUGAAAUUCAUUAAAGAAACUUACCUGGAUACUGUUGCAGAAGAAAUGGCAAAGUUUCUUGAAAAUUUUUGUGAGCUGCAGUUCAAAGAAAGUGCUAUCCGUGUGAUUAAAACAAGCAAGAGCUCCAGCAGGCAUAGAGGAUCAGUGCAUGCUUUGGUUACACCCGAAUGUUCACAGAAAGGAAGAAACUUUUUCCUCUCCAUAAAUGAACUCAAAUUCUUAGCACAGCUCGUAAAAUCCUUUUUGAAGCUGGAAGAAAAUGUUGAAGAAUUAUUGGAAGAAAUAUUUAUAUCACUCAAGACACCCAGAAAUCCUUCAGGAAUUUUAGAAACAUCCAGUUGGAAAGUUGUAACAGAGAAACCUAAAAGAAAUGCAACUAGUGUUCCUUCAGAGCAAUUGCUACCAGUAAAAGAGGCGAGUGACGAGGAAAGAGUGGCUACUUUACCAGACUUUCGUUGGCGAAAUGCAUUUAAAGAAGUGUCUCUUCCUGUGGCACAUUGUAUAACAGCAGCAACUGAAGAUUUUUCCACAAAAAUUCUCCAACAGGAACAGAAUGAAAGGUCUUCAGCUGUAACCUAUGCUAUGAACCUUGUAAAUGUCCAGCAAGUCUGGCAAGACAGUCACGUGGUUCCGGAGGAGGACCAACCAAAGAAAAUUGCAAAGUUUUGUUCUGACAUCAUGGAAAAACUUGACACAAUGCUUCCACUGGCUCUGGCAUGCAGAGAUGAUUCUUUCCAGGAAAUUAGAGCAAACUUUGUGGAGGCCUGUUGUAAAGUGGCAACAGCUGUCCUGGCGAGACUGCAGGAGAGGGGCAAGGAGUUUCCUUCCAGAGCACCCCUGACAAACUUACAUACAUUGCUCUCCACAGCGGUAUAUGUCUUCCAGCAUUUUACGCAUUUUGAUAAUUUGAUGAAAGAAAAUACUAAGAAACCCAUAUUCCUGGUGCCUGUCCAACGAUAUCAGGAAUUCAUCAACACUCUACAGUUUCAGGUUACGGACUACUGCGUCAGAGUUUGUGCUACAAGCAUUUUACAGGAUGCUGAGAGCCACCACUGGGAUGACUACAAAGCUUUUUAUGAGGGGGAAAGAUGCUCCUUCUCACUCCAGAUGUGGCAUUAUUUCUUCUGCGCUCUUCACCAUGAUCUCUGGACCAUUCUGCCCCCGAAGUUAGCCCAGGAAAUUCUAACAGAUGUGCUGGAGAAAUGUUUGGGUCUACUGGCCUCCAGAUAUGCUCGGGCCCAUCCCAGUUAUAAGAGAACUCCACAGAUAAGACUUGAUGUCACGACAAUUUUAAUAUGCACUGAGAACUUAUUAUGGUCAAUUUGCACAUCUGUACAGAAGCUUUUGAAUCCCCAUCAGUAUAUAGAUGAUAAAAUUUUUAAAAUUCAUACCCAUUGUAAUAAUCUGUUUACAACAUUAGUCAUUUUGACUUCACCAUUAACUGAAUUAUAUCAGACUUUUCAGCAUGGCAUGGAUGACUCUGCUUCAAAUUCCAUGAAACCAUUUUUUAAGCAACCAUUACAUUGGUUUUCUUGCAUAUCGCAUUUCUACCCUUCUUUACUCAGGGCUCCAUCAUCUGGACAACUGACAGCCGAGGGUCAAUUGAAACUGCUCUUAUCCCAGCCAGGUUGUAAUUGGAACCUGCUUCUGGAAACCCUACUGCAUCAAGAUGGUCUUUUGCUGAGAAUCUUGCUGAAGAGCUCAAAAUGUACCUUUCAAGAGCAAGGUUUUGAUACAGAUGAUAAUCUGAACCAAGGAUCCAGCUUAAUAGAAACCAUCUUUAAAGUAUUGUACCAUUGCAAUUUUUCUCCACAAACAUUUGGAAAUGUUUUUGUGAGCUACAUGGAAGAAGAACAAUUAUGGAACUUUCUAUAUAACAUUCCAGUCUCAACAUGCAUGGAGUCCGAGCCAGAGGUCAUCCGAUGCUUGAGAUUGGCACUGACUGAUGCUAUCAAGGACAUUGUACAGCAGAUAGUAUUUGUGAUGAGGUCUGGGAGAAACUGUGGACCCAACCUAAACAAGCACAGUGUUCCUGAACGUUUGCGUGAGAGCAUUCCAAAGGAAUGGAAUUAUACUCCAAAAGAAACUAAGAGGAAAGAAUCAAGCAAAGGCUUCACGAGGCUUGCUGCUCAGGCAGUAUCUAUUGUAAUCAGCGAGUUACCUACGGUGAUUGCAUGUUUGCCUCCCCCAAUUAAAUACUUCUUUUUUCUGUCUGAGAGAAAAAUGUCAAAAAACUUUGUUGAAUUGAAGAAAGCUAGCCUCCUUGUCUGGAACUUGAUUGUAAUUAUAUGUCAGAUAUUUGAGGAUGGAAACACUGUGGAACUUUUAACAGGUGCCUCCCUUGACAGAUGGAGUAAAGAGAAACUUGGUUUAAUCUGCUUGUGUUUGGAAAGUAUCAUGGGAAAGCAGACAAGUGACCCUAAUCAAAUGACUCAAAAGGUCAUACAGAUCAUUGAGCAGCAGAAACCCAACUGGAUUGAGAGCCAGUUGGUGAAGGCAAGGAAACUGAGCACCAAAUGUGCAUUUAUGACAAUGGAGAAAAGCACAGCCUUAGAAGAAGGAGAUAGUGCUCUUGAACUGACUGAGCAGAAAAUAAACAUGAUGGUCCUGGAUAUCUGCCACAAACCAGGUGGCAGCGAGUACCUGCGGCAAAUUUAUCACAUCAUGCGGCUCAAUGAGGAAUAUUUAAAAGAACAGCUGUUUUCUAUGAAUGGUUCAGAGGAAAAGCCAUUACCCAUCAGACCUUUAAAGACAACCUUGAGGAGUGUGGAAGAUCAGCCUUCUGCCUUUAACCCUUUCCAUGUGUACAAGGCAUUUAGUGAAAACAUGCUAGAUCAGUCAGCCAUCACAAAAUGGAGCUGGAAUUGGUCAAACUUGCUGCCAAAUUAUCUGGGACUGGAUAAGAUGACCUUCAGUGUACUGCUCAAAAACAGGUGGGAAAUGAGAAAGAAUGAAAGACUAGAAGAGGAAGAAAAAGCAAUGCUGGAACAUUUAAAACAAUUUUGCACCAUCCAGAACUCUUCUGUCUCAGAUAACACAGAGGAACCAUAAUCUGCAGAAAACAGCAACAGCUUUAUUUUAGGAAAUAAUCACAUGUAAUGGAGUAGGAUUUUUACUACAGUCAGAAUGAACCUCAGAUGUGCUGUGAAGCAUGAAACCAAUAACUGAGUAAUCUCUGAAAUGAAAAGGAAUACACCACAUAAAGAAUAAAGUGCUACACAUUUUUUACUUUAAAAAUAAUUUCAAAUGUUUUUCUUUCCUCAGUUGUUCUCUUUAUAUAACUGCUGCCAUCUCGUGUUCCCUUUGAAUUAUAUUUUUUUUUCUUCUUUCAGUCUUGAAGUAUCUAUGACAACAGACAAAAUGUUUGGAAAUCUUUUCCCUAAGGAUUUUUAAAUACAGCAUUUGGAUGUUAAGUUGAAUGGAGUAACAUAGCCCCUUGAGGGUUGUCUGAAAAUUUCAAUUUAGUUUUAUAGCUGUAGCCCAAGUCCAGGUCUUAGCGACUUUUAAAACCCACCAAUGUACCAGCCUCCUUUUCCAAAGCCACUUCCUCAGGCAGUUUAUCUUAACCAGCAAAACAUUCUCCUAAUAUAUAACUUUAGUCCUAUCUCUGCCUAUAAUGGUUUUUCAAACAUCAUAUUUAAACUUUCAAUCAUAUGCUUUCAGAUCCUAUACCCAAUGUCUCCAUGUUCAGGCAACUGCCUGUUAUCCUCUUGGUUCAAGCCACACACUUACCAUUUUCCCCAACUGGAAACCAUCUUUCUCCCCAAAUAACAUUUAAAACUCAUUCCAGCAAUCCCAUAGUUUCUGUUACUUCUCUUAUUUCUAUUACACUCACACACUCACACACACACACACACACACACACACACACACACACACACACACACAAUGGAAUGUGUUCUAGAGCCCUCACAUCAAGUUAUAAUUACUAUACCCUUCCUAUUAGUGCAUGGUAUUCGAUUAUAAAGACCUCAAAGGGUUUGUCAUAUGAAGUCUCCCUCUUUAAGGGGUUCCAUAGUUUUCCCAAAUACCUGCUCCAGAGUUAUCCAUCUAGUGGGUCAUUAAUACAUUAAUUAGUAAAUAAUUCAAACAGUUGUUUGAAUGUCAUUAAAAGAAGACGAUUAGAUUGUUGAGCAAUCUACAGGACAUCUGGGAGAAGCCUUAUCUAUUUUAGACCAUAUGACAUCGAACAUUAUGUUUCUGAUGUUCUCAGAUUGUCCACGUUCCCACAUUCUGUGAUUUUUAUAAAAUAUGUGUAGGCUAGAUAAUUUCCAAAGUAAAGUACUUAUGCAUUUUUUAAAAAGUAAAAUCUUAGAAUGCAGAGGAGGCCACCUUAGAAAAUCUCUUGCAUUAUUUCCUACAUAAAAACAUAUAAAUGGCCAUGUAGCCAGCUGUCUACCAAGUAACACAUUUUAUUUCUAUAAAAUGUACUUUGUUGGUUAGUAUAAUCAUGAACUAAAUGUUUUAAGACAAUGUUGAAAUAAUUUCUAAAACUUCUAUACAGACAAUUUAAAAAUGGUAAGAAAUAUUUAUGAGAAUUGAACUUUGCACCUAAUCUUACCUAUGAACACUAAUCUUACCUAUAGUAACACUGUAACAAUCAACUGAAGACAACAAUUUUCUUUCUUUAGCUUCAUGAUGGUUUCUGUAAAUCUGCACACUAUAUUUUAUUAGAAUAGACACUAAAAGAGAAAGUCAAAAUAAAAAUAAACUGAACCAAUAAACUAAAUAAUCUUAUAAAGUAAAAUAUUUCAUAUUUGGGUUCUUUGUCUUCUAAUAUAUUUAAAAAUAAUCUUUUAACACUUUUUUUCUUUUUUCUUUUUUUUUUUUACUGAAUCUGUACAUUUCUAUGGUAAUGCUAAGAAGUGACUUAUUUCCUCUAGAAAAAAUUUCUUAAUGGCUCCAUUUAAAGGGAAAUAAGAAUAGUAAGGGGAGAAGGAGAUGAGGAGGAAGGAGAAAAAUGUGAAAAACAGAAGAGUUUACAGAUGAAUUCUCUUCUAUAUUUGCUCAGUGAGAUUACUGUAGCCAGUGGAAGGAAAUUUAUAAUUGGGAAUAUUAAAUGACAAGACACUGGUUUAUCAGAUUAUUUUGACUUUAUACUCAACAUGUUUCUUAAAAUAUGAAAAGAAUGGUAUUUAAAAAGUUAUUCUUUCUCAUGUUUAUUUUGCAUUUGUGUAACUUAACAGCAGCAAUUAAGCCUAAUACUUUAUUAGUCCCAAUACGCUUAUUGCAAAAAUAUUAUCUUCCUUCUGUGUUCUGUUUAACUGUAUUUUUAUGUAAUUAUAAAGAUGUAUCUAGUUUACCGGUUACUAUGUGAAAAAGUAUGAAUUUUCAAUAAAAUAUAGAUAAUAAUCUA